AUGACUGACAACGACCCCAAAAGCUACGCCUUUGACCUCGCCUCGGCGAUCCCCUACUUUGCGCUGCCACCCCCGAAACGCACCCUCUACUGGGACGACGGUGUCCACCUGACGCCCAGCGGCUACGAGUGGAUGGGCGGCCACGUCGCCGACGCGCUCAUCAAGAUCAUGAUCGAGGAGGCGACUGCGGCGGCGGCGGCUGCUGCAGGCACAGGUGCCGGCGGCAGCCAAGGGACGCGGCGUGCCAGGAGGAUGCUGCGGUACGCCAAGGACGAGCUGCUAUUUGAGGAGGAGACGGGGGAUCCGAGCCUGAUUCACGAGGGCUAUGUCAUUGUGCGGCUGAAAGACUUGAAUUGA